GGGGGCCACAAUCAAAAAUGUCCGCUCUCUGGUCCGCACCAGCCUCGCUAUCUUAACUGGUGGGACCGAGAGAAGGUCUUGCGUGGCUGAUCUUGUCAGGCGGCAUAAUUGGUGAUGCUGGAGGCGCUCCUUCAGAUAAACUGGGCUGGAACUAUAUAGGGCUUUGAAGGUCAACACCAACACCUUGAAUUGGGCCCGGCAAACAACUGGUAGCCAGUGUAGAUCUACUCGCUUGCUGGGGCUGGGAGCGGAGGAACCCCUCUUUCUGUCUGCCUGCAUGAAUACGUAUAGUGGAUGAUGAUGACACGAGUUGGAAAAACAUCCCUGUUGAGCAGGAAAAAGAGGAUGAGGAGGGGGAUGAUGGAGACUUGCCUGUGGUGGCUGAGUUUAUUGAUGAGCGGCCAGAUGAAGUUAAAUGGAUGGAAGAAUUCCGAACCAGUAACAAGUGGAAACUAUUGGGAGAUCAGAAUGAAGAAUCACCUGAUCUUUCUGUAAUUGCAAAGUCAACAAAUAAUUCAGAAGCCACAAAACAUAAGGAAACGAAGAACUGCCCAGAUCAGUCCCUGCCCAGGAGGGGCCGCCGUGACUCCCCGGAUCAGUCCCCGCCCAGGAGGGGCCGCCGUGACUCCCCGGAUCAGUCCCCGCCCAGGAGGGGCCGCCGUGACUCCCCGGAUCAGUCCCCGCCCAGGAGGGGCCGCCGUGACUCCCCGGAUCAGUCCCCGCCCAGGAGGGGCCGCCGUGACUCCCCGGAUCAGUCCCCGCCCAGGAGGGGCCGCCGUGACUCCCCGGAUCAGUCCCCGCCCAGGAGGGGCCGCCGUGACUCCCUGGAUCAGUCCCCGCCCAGGAGGGGCCGCCGUGACUCCCCGGAUCAGUCCCCGCCCAGGAGGGGCCGCCGUGACUCCCCGGAUCAGUCCCCGCCCAGGAGGGGCCGCCGUGACUCCCCGGAUCAGUCCCUGCCCAGGAGGGGCCGCCGUGACUCCCCGUAUCAGUCCCCGCCCAGGAGGGGCCGCCGUGACUCCCCGGAUCAGUCCCCGCCCAGGUGGGGCCGCCGUGACUCCCCGGAUCAGUGUUCAUCUCCUAAAAGACCCCAUUCUGUAACAGGCAAAAAUAAUACCAGAAACUCACAUGGAAGCCAGCAGGAAUGCUACCCUGACAAGCCUUCAGCCCAUCGGAGGUGGCAAAGUACCUUUGACCUGUCACCACCCCAGAAGAAAAGGUGCAAUUCUGAUGCAGGGCUGUUGCUGCCUCGGAAGCAUCAGUCACCCCCCAGAGCGCUAAGACAGCAAAGCAACGCCAGAGAAGCCAAUCAAUGGCUCCAUUCACCUGCACCUUCCCCAAGGAAGCACCAAAGGCACGAUUCCGAAUCUGACUCCGAUUCCCCCCCACUGCAGAGAAGGAACGGCAGCAAAGCCUCCUCAGAUCCAGGCCUUUCCCCACAACGGGCCCCUCGCAAUGCACACUUGCAGCGCCCAGCCUCUCCGUCCGACCUCUUCCCUCCCAGAAGGACGCGGUGCAGGUCUUCAGACUCUGACUUGUCUCCUCCCCGAAGAGGUCAAGAAGCUAGGAAGAAGGCCCACAAGUCCAAGAGCCCCCCUGAGCUCUCCCCACCUCGUCGGGGCAAGGGCUCCAAAGGGAGGGGCGACAGCCAAAGGGACCCUCAGAUGCUUUCAGGGGGCAAAGUGGGCUUGGUGUCGGCCAAAUUACUGAGGAAGGAGCGUCAUGAGCUCAGGAAGCAGCAAGGCAGCAGCAAACAUCUGGAAGCUGAAUCGCGACAUACUGAGACGGUUUUCCGGGAUAAGUCGGGCCGCAAAAGGGACCUGAAGCAGGAGCGGCUGGAGCAGCAGAAGAGAGCAGAGGAGGCGUCUGAGCGAGACAAGCAGUAUGCCAAGUGGGGGAAGGGCCUUACACAGAGCCGGCAGCAGCAGCAGAACGUAGAGGAUGCUGUGAAAGAGAUGCAGAAGCCGCUGGCUCGGUACAUAGAUGACCAGGACCUGGACAAGAUGCUGCGGGAGCAAGAGCGCGAGGGUGACCCCAUGGCUGAUUUCCUGAAGAAGAAGAAGGCGGUCCAGGAGAAGAAAGACACGAAAGAAAAGCCACGAUACGAUGGACCAGCCCCCCCACUGAACAGGUUUAACAUCUGGCCUGGAUACCGCUGGGAUGGAGUUGACAGGUCCAACGGCUUUGAGCAGAAGCGCUUUGCCAGGAUCGCAAGUAAGAAGGCAGUUCAAGAGCUGGCAUACAAGUGGAGUGUGGAGGACAUGUGAUUUGCCAGCCUGAGGCGCAAGAGAACCUCCUCACAUUGCUGGAGGUGCAAAGGAUCUUCUCUGCAAGAGUUAAAGGGGUUCACCUAUCGAGACUCUUUCUGGUGGACAUGGCUUUCCCCCCCCCCCAACAGAAGGCGAGGCUGAUGGAAUUCCUGCAGUAUGUAUAGACUGUGCUAGAAGGAGUGAGUGAGUCCUCUGUGGUGGGGAAGCCCCAGAUCUAGUUUGAAUGGAGCCUCCUAGAAAUCUGCAGCAGGAAGAACCUGAUCCCUUAAAUAUUAAUCUUAUGGAGCAGUUGAGGAUGCUGCAGCUGAUUUCAAGCUGGGUGUCCCAAAUCUCAGGUGCUUUUUUUCCUGUGUGGUAGGGGGUGAGGAGAGGCAAAGUUAAGAGUCUCUUCCUCUUGUGCCAUAAUGGAAUGUUUUGGCUGUGUUCUCUUGGGGCUGCUGGACAUGUUUGAAACCACUGGCUGGUUUGAGACUGAACUUGCUGGUGUAAAUAAGCACAGCAUUGUCUUGGGCUUCCUGUCCUGCAUGGCCGCAUAUGUCUUGUGGAGUGUGCAGGUCAUGCCUAGGCAGGGAGGAUGCCUUUGCUGCCCUUUCCUGAAAGGGCCAUUGUGGUUUGAGAAUAAGCUCACCUACAGCAGCCACUCAAAGAGCUGGUUAGGAAGUCAACAUACAGAGUUUAAAAUCCUUGCAUUUCCCCUGAUGCCUCUGCCGGUGUCCCCAAAGGAGGCUGUUCUGGUGGAAUUCCUGCAGAAUACCCAGAAGCUAAAGUGCAAAGACUUUUUCAUAGGAAACGGGAUUCUUUGCAGCUAAAAUUUCUAAUAUCCUUUGUAAUUUGAAUGUACAGUUUGUAAAUAACAGCUUUCUUACUUUGUGUGCCUUUUUAAAAGAGGUGUUACUGUGUGUGGGUACCAGGGAACAGGAAAGAUGUGUUUGGGCUUGAGUCGUUUGGAGUUGGUAUUAAUUAAUUUACUCCUUUUUAUUUUUGAAUACAAGUACAUUUUUGCUA